AUGAAGAAAAGAAGAGCGGCAAAGAAUGCCGCAAGGAUUCUCAUUGCCCCAGAUCCCAUCCGUACUGUUCUGGGAAGAGAUGCAGAGCCGGUAAACCCUGAACCGCCUGGAGGAAAGCUGUACUUCUCGCUUGGAGUUUGUUAAGAUUGAGAGAAAAAAGUGAAUAAAUGUUGUUUCCAUUGCAAGAUUCUUGAAAAAACAAUGAUAAUCCCCCUUAUCUCAAGGCAAUAACACAUCUUCAAGUAGAUCUCACAGAGGAGGUUAGAAUGAUCUAGCUCGAAAAAUGUGUGAUGAAAAUUCAGUGAGAUCUACGGAGUUUUCUAAAUUUUUUAAAAAAAAAUUCUUAGCGUCUGAGAAAUUGAAAUUUAGACCUACAGUGGAGAUAAAAGGAUUUUUCUGGUAUCUUCAAGGGAAUCGGCUCACAGACAAAAAACGAAUAUUCCUUCAAAAGAACACCUUUCAAGCAACAAGCUGGGUUUUUUUUCCCAUUUGUAAGGCUUUCACUAAUCAGAGAUCCUGAAUCACCGGAUGUAUUAUCAGAAAAAAACUGGUAAAGUCCUGGAAAAUGUUGAGACGUUAAACCAACGUUCCCAUCGAACAAUUUUCCAUUCUAAAUCAGUUUCUGGGAUCCUGAGGCCUAUAAGAACGAUGGAAUCUCCUGAAUCUACUAUCGAAAUGUUUCUGAAGACCUUCAUUCCUAUUUUAGUCAUUCUCAUUAGUCUUCUAUCAAUAACCGACGCCAUAGGACCAGCUUUCUUUCAAAGAUGUUCAACAAAUACGGAUUGCCGCGUUCCCAAGCCCUACUGCUCUUUUGGAAGAUGUGAACAGUACAAGUUUUAAGGCAAUUGAUGCGUUUCUACUCGAAAUGUGUUGUCGAAAACGUGAAUAAAUGUUUUUAACAGUUUGAGAUAAAAAAAAGCUAAGACUGUGUUUUUCUAUAAGAAUACCUUUCAAGCAACAAACUGAAAACUGAAACGUAAAAUUUUUCCCCAUUAGUAAGGUUCUCACCAAUCAAAGAUUCUGAAUCACUGAAUUUUUAGAAAUGAAAAAGUCCUGAAAAACGUUGAGACGUUCCCAUCGAACAAUUUCCAUUUAAAAUCAGUUUCUGGGAUCUUGAGGCCUAUAAAACCGAUAGAAUGGUCUGAAAGUCAUUCCAACCCUUUCAAAAUGCUCCUGAAGGCGUUCAUUCCACUUCUAGUGAUCAUCCUCAGCCUUCUAGCUCCAACCGACGCGAGGAAAAUCAAAAGGAAGAAGAUUCUGCACUUCAUUGAGUGCGAUUAUACGCACGACUGUCCGCCGCCCUACCAACGUUGUGUCGCCAAUAAAUGCAUCAGCUACGAAAAUAAACCAGCAGGUCGAAUCCCCAUAUGAAAAUUGAACAGCUCGAAGUUGUGUUGUGAUGUUGCCAGGUUAAGAAUAAAUGUUUCUGCUAACAGGAUAUAAAGAUUUGAAAAAGUUACGGUUUUUUUAUUAAAGUCUGAACUUCCAAUUUCUGACUGAUACGAGAAAAAAAUUGGAUGAAAAAAACUUUUCAAAAAAAUAAAAUAUUAUUCUCCAUAGAGCACAUUUAACGAUGAAGCUCCGAUUAAAAAAAUAAAAAAAUAAACUUUGAAAAAAAUCCAUUCUUCAUCGCGGUAACGCAAACCGGACACGCCUCGGACGUUCCUGAGCAUUUCUAGUGACCAAUUUAGGGGCAUCAGCAUCUUAAGAGGUCCCUAUAAUUGUUCAGCCGGAUCCGAGCAGAGAUAUUUCAAGGACUUAAAAAAACAACCAAUAUUCUCAGCAACAAAUUAUUCCUGACAAAUCAGUUUCUGGGAAUCUGAGGUCUAUAAAAACUGAGAAACUGUCCGAGAAUCGCUUCAACUCUUCCGAAAUGCCUCUGAAGGCCUUUAUUCCCCUUUUCCUUAUUUUCAUCAGUCUCCUAUCUCCCAUCAGCCCCCAAGAAAAUAAGAUUGACACUAUUCCUUAUGCCCUUUGCAAAGUCCAAUCGGAUUGUCCAGCGGCGAGCUUCCACUGCAUCAACGGUGGUUGCCAAGUGUUAGGCAGAACCCGGAGCUACGACCUGUGCUACUCUGUUGCCGACUGUCCGAAGCCCAACUCCAGAUGUAUACGACGUUUUUGCAUAACUUCGAGAAAAAACUGACAAUAAAGAAGGCCCGUAUCGAUUGAUUUAGUUUGCAAAAUUAAGCACUGGUCAAGUCACAUGAAAGCGUUCCCUACUCGGGCAAAGUUGGAAUGGUGGAAAAUGGCCGCUAA